GUUACCAACUGUUGGUCACUGCCAGCUUUGGUACAUGCGGACAGCCCGACAAGCAGCGUCGCUCACCACCCAACAACCAACCGCCGCAUACUUUAUACGCACAUUCCAAGUUGUGCGGAUACUGUUGCAUGCACGCAAUUGUUCCACACCAACUCGCUGGUGCUGUAUCAGAACCAGCCCUUCCUGGCCCACUUCACACGGUGCGCGCGUGCGCAUACGAGACCUGCUGGGUGGUGCGAAGCUACUGGUAGUGGUGCUGGUGCUGCCGUUAAGCCUUUGCCAUAUGCCCAUGACCUAGCGCGCCAGCCAAGCAUUACGGUUAUGGUGCGCGUACUUCCUGCCAUUUUGCAUGCCUCAUGGCACCCCUUGCACAUGCCUGCUUCCGCCUCACAAUGCUCGCACGCAGGUCGCUGCUGCAGCCCAAUGUGGAAUACGUGCCGUUUUGGAACACAACCUCACGAGGCAUGGGUGCGGAGGACAUCUACGACGUAAUGCAGAUCGAUGCGUGCUACAAACACCUUCAGCCGCUGUUGGACCGCGGUGAUUUGGAGCUGCCGGACGAGCGGUUUGUGCACAAUGUGGACGAUAACAUGCCGCGCUGGUGUGGUCCCGACAAGAACUGCACAGCGCCGCUGCUCAGCAUCAUCAAGACGGCAGACGGGGCGGCGGGCAUUGACACGAAUAUCCUCAUCCCGCAGUUCCUGUUCCUCGCCAAGUCCACGUACCACUACCCCUAGAAGGACAUCGGUGAGCGCUCGAUAUCAAAGGUGGCAGGGGACAGAGACUCCUCUUAUGGCCACGUUGCCACAUGAGCUUUACUAGCUGAGUGUGACGAAUGCAACUUGCGCUUUGGUGCUUUGUGGAAAGCGUGCUAGCUCAGUCUGGCCUAUGUUUGCCUCUGCAUUUUCCACAGCAUAGGCCUUUUGUAGCCAUGCAUGGUGGGUGCGCUAGGCUCCAGUACACCUCGGUGCACAUGCCAUUACUUGAGGCCUUGACCCACUUCAGUAUGCGAGACGUCAGGCUGCAUGCUCACGCGCUCGGCUCUGUGAACGGCGCGCCUAGUUUGCCUGUACGGAAACCCACAGCCCAGUUUUCGCCUUGCCCUCAUGGCCAGUGCUGGCCUACAAGUCCUCACCAUGACCUUCCCCGCUCCCUGCCCUCCUGUAGGACCAUCAGGUUCCUGCCCAAAUGCGACACGACCUGCGUCAGGCCGUGGAUGGCAUACCUGUCAAUGCAGGAUGAGGAGCAGGGCCGGGGGCAGUCAGUGCUGGAUGUGGCUCUCGUGGAACCUUGGCAGGGCAGCAGCUCGGUAGGUGAAGGAAAUGCAAUCAAGAGGAAAUGCUUCAUGUGGAUGGUCAAAAUGGUACCUAAUUUGCCUGGUGAGGGCCAUAAGAAUGCGGAUGUUACAGAGGGGACAGUCCCAGCACCCGAAGACGCCGAGCCAUCACAUGCUAUCAGGGCCCAACUUGACUCCACCAACCACUAUAACGACGGGUCCAUGCGUUAGAGCAUGCGUUAGCAUGCGUGCCGCAUGGCCCAAACGCAUGCUUAACGCGUGAAAAGCAUGUGCUGUACGCAUGCGGUGCCCGCCCAUACGCAUGCGUGCGCUACCAGAGCAUGCGUUACCUAACGCAUGCUGGUGUUGGCUAGCGGCCGCAGCGACUCUUUCUGGAUGUACGCAUGCGUCUCGAACGCAUGCCAUACGCAUGCUUGAAGCACAUAUGCCGGUUGCGUGAAGUACUACGCAUGCCAUGGCGCAUGCGGGACGCAUGUGCGUUACCUAA